CACAAUGCAUCACAUUCUCAGGAUUUUCAUUGCUGUAACGUUACUGGCUCUUGUUUCCUGCAGAUUUCUGUCGAUUUCAAACAAAAUACUUGAACAGUGUAAGAAUGAAGCUAGAUUACCAAAUGGUAAGCUAACUAAUUUUGGAGAUCCCAAAUCUAAGUGCUUUUUCCACUGUCUUUUUAAAAAAAUGGGACUCGUUUUAAAUGGCAAGUUGGUGUAUGAGAAAGCACUAAAAAUAUAUCAAGGAGAUCAUCCAUCUAUGGAUGAAAAUACAAAGGAAAAACUAAAGGGAUGCGUUUUCGAUGCCAAUAAAAAUGCUGACUGCGAUGUGUCUGUAGCUAUGGUAAUGUGCAUGGAAGAAAGAUUGCCUGAAACUAGUUUUCAAGGCUAA